CCCAAUCCCUACCAGAAUGCGGUGUAAGUGAAAUCGAUCUGAACACAAAUCACAUCAUACUGACAAUACUGCAAGCAAACUUGCUUCAACAACAUGCUUGGACAAGGCUCAAACCUGGGCUGCGCUAAUGUCAACGGUGCACCUGAUGUCUCCUGCCUGUGCAAUAAUGCCAACUUUGGCUACGGUCUUCGUGACUGUUCAGUUGAAUCUUGCCCAGCCGGUACCGACAUUGCUGCUAUCGCCCAGUAUGGCUCCAACUACUGUGCCUCUUAUGCUUCUGUCACCCCUGCCUCUGCUGCGAGCACCCUCUCUGCCGUUUCUGCUCUGACCGGUAGUGGAAGCGCAACUGGUGCCGUCGGCAGUGCGACUGGCGUGACUGGUAUCGUCCCUAGUGCGACUGCUUCUGGCGCCGCUGGCACAGCUUCCAUCUCCGGUGCCAGCUCUGGUUCAGACACUGCUACCGCAGGAAGUGCAAGUGGCUCAAGUGGUUCUCAAACUCCAGUGUCGACUGAGACUUCAUUCUCCACCAUCACCACUGGUGGAAGCACAAUCACAAGCGCAGUCGGUACUUCCACCAUCUUGGGCGGAGUCGCAGGUGCAGGAGGUUCUGCUAGCUCUGGUGCCUCGAGCGCUGCCUCCGCUGCGUCAUCCGGUGCAUCCUCUGCUGCUUCUGGCGCAAGUGCUUCGGCUUCGUCUGUUGGCUCAUCCCUCUCCUCCGAGGCCGCUUCUGCUUCCUCUGCUGCGUCCAGCGCAGGUGCUUCGGCCUCCAAAUCCGCAGCCUCCGUCGCAAGUUCGGUUUCCUCGCAUGCAGCCAGUGCCACCAGCGCUGCCGGCUCUGCAGCCUCAUCUGGAGGAUCCGCUGCGUCGUCUGCUGCCACCUCUGCUGCCAAGAACGCUGCACCUAUGAUGACCGCCGCUGCCAACGGCCUUGCUGGUAUGGCCGGUCUGGCAGCUAUCAUGUUGCUAUGAAGGACACCUACCUAAACGAAACAUGAGACUUCGAGAGCGCCUCGUCGACUUUUCGAAUUUGUUUGCUAAGAUCGUUGUUGAUACCCACUUUCACAAAGCACUGCUAUGCAUGGCGGCCUCCAGGAGGCAAACGGAGAAUCGGCGAACGGGACACGGUUGGCUCAUUCUCGAUCAUUGCAAGGUGCAGGUGCUAUUGAUGCUGUAACGGAUUUUACGGAUUACCCGAACCAUACCACUAGCGAGCGCAUAGAGCUUUUGCUGUAAUAGGCCUAAGAAGGGCUGGUACCUUAAUACGCAAGAAUUGAUUGCAGAAUUAAUGUCGUUGCUUUUA